AGGCUCAAGUCUGGACUACUGGGAGCUGGCUGUUUUGAUCUAGCUCUUGUCGUGACGCCACGGGGUUGUGCAAAGUCUGGAACAGUGAGGGCAUUAGGACCAGGAGCGAGGCGCACGCUUGGCUCCGGCUGUGUCUGGCAGAGGGCUCUCGCUGAGCAGAGCUAUGUGUGAAAGGAAAUCAGGCACUGCCUGCCGCCUGUACAUCUGUUGAUCUGACCUGGCUUAAAGCGUCCACAGAAGGACAGCUGUCAGCUCUGCUUGGCUGAGCCCUGGCAGCUCACCCCAGACCCCCUGUAGCGGCCUGACCAUUCAUGCAAAGGGGGGAAGAAACACAGGAUUAAGCACCUGAACAGAAUGGACUCCUUUUUUUUUUUUUCCCCAAGGAGAAAAACAGAGUGAAAGGGGAGCAAGAGAUGCAUCUGUGAAUGGCCCGUGAGUGGGUUUGCAACUAAAGAAAAUCACUCAGAAAGGACCUUGGGUGACCCUGGGAUCCUGUGGCUUUCUGAUUAUAAGUGACAACAGCAGGUCCAAUGUCAGUUGGGAUAGAAGGAGAAGGUGACUGGAGAAAACCCUUCCAGAUGGAGCAAACAGCCCAGGUCCUAUGGCAAGCUUGAAGGAGCAAACUUGAGCAUGACCUGUUGCGCUGGCGAGCGGCGGCACCAUGCUCCUGCGGAAGAGACACAGGCAUGGGACGUGCAGGCUUCGCUUCCUUCUGCUCUGCCUGACCCUGGGGUGCGUCCUGAUGAUGGUGGCCGUGUUACAUCCUUCCCCCGCCGCCCUGCCCCAGGCUGUCACAGCCCAGGCCAGCAAGCACAGCCCCGAUGCUGGGCACCGCCCGGACUUUGAGGACUCCCAGGAGUGGGUCCUCGAGGCUGAGGAUGAAGGAGAGGAGUACAGCUUCCUGGAGGAUCUGCCACCUCUUGUCUCCCUGAGGGAGGACCAGCUGUUGGUGGCCGUUGCCUCCCCCAGGGGCAGGAGGAAUCAGAGCCAGGGCAGGAGAGGGGGCAGCUACCAGCUCCUCAAGCAUCCAAGUAAGAGGAAGGGUGAGGAGGUCCCAGAGAGGGGCUGGGGGACCCAAGAGGAUGACGGGGAGGUAUCAGAAGAGGAGCCAACCCUGCUCAGCUUGGACUCGCAAGCCCUCAACGAGGCGCUCAGCGCCCACCUCCCCCUCUGGAGGGUCCUGCCAGAGGUGCGGCACCCGCUGUGUCUACAGCAGCCCCCUUCCAGCGGCCUGCCCACGGCCAGUGUCAUCCUCUGCUUCCAUGAAGAAGCCUGGUCCACGCUCCUGAGAACAGUGCAUAGCAUCCUCGACACGGUGCCCAGGGCCUUGCUGAAGGAACUCAUCCUUGUGGACGACCUCAGCCAGCAAGGAGAACUGAAGUCCGCUCUCAGCGAACACGUGGCAAGGCUGGAGACCGUGAAGUUACUCAGAAGCAACAAGAAGCUAGGCACCAUCAGGGCCCGGAUGCUGGGGGCCACCAGAGCCACGGGAGACGUGCUGGUCUUCAUGGAUGCCCACUGUGAGUGCCACCCUGGCUGGCUGGAACCCCUCCUCAGCAGAAUAGCUGGUGACAGGAGCCGCGUGGUGUCUCCAGUCAUAGAUGUGAUUGACUGGAAGACGUUCCAGUAUUUCCCCUCCAAGGAGCUGCAACGUGGGGUGCUGGACUGGAGACUGGAUUUCCGCUGGGAGCCAUUGCCAGAGCAUGAGCAGAAGACCCUCUCGGUCCCCAUCGGUCCCAUCAGGAGCCCUGUGGUACCCAGAGAGGUGGUGGCCAUGGACAGACAUUACUUCCAAAACACUGGGGCUUAUGACCCUCUGAUGUCUCUGCAGGGAGGCGAAAACCUCGAACUGUCCUUCAAGGCCUGGCUCUGUGGUGGCUCCGUGGAAAUCCUGCCCUGCUCUCGAGUGGGGCAUGUCUACCGAAGCCAGGAUGGCCACAUGCCCCCUGACCCAGAGGCCAUCCUGAGGAACAAGGUCCGCAUUGCUGAGACCUGGCUCGGGUCCUUCAAAGAAACCUUCUACAGGCACAGCCCAGAGGCCUUGGCCCUGAGCAAGGCUGAGAAGCCAGACUGCACACAACGCUUACAGAUGCAGAGGAGGCUGGGCUGCCGGACGUUCCACUGGUUUCUGGCCAACAUCUACCCUGAGCUGUAUCCACACGAACACAGGCCCAGGUUCUCUGGAAAGCUCCACAACACGGGACUGGGCUUCUGCGCUGACUGCCAGGUAGAAGGUGACAUCCUGGGCUGCCCUGUCAUACUGGCUCCCUGCAGUGACAGCCGGCAGCAACAGGGCCUAGAGCACACCAGCCGGAAGGAGAUUCACUUUGGAGACCCGAGGCACCUGUGCUUCGACGUCAGACAACAGCAGGUGAUUCUUCAGAACUGUACGGAGGGAGGCCCAGCCAUCCAUCAGCAGCACUGGGACUUCCAGGAGAAUGGAAUGAUUGUCCACGUUCUUUCUGGGAAGUGCAUGGAAGCUGUGGUUCAGCAGAACAAUAAGGGUUUGUACUUGCGUCAGUGCGAUGGCAAAGCCAGCCAGCUGUGGCAGUUUGACCAGGUCCACCCUGUGGAUGAGCGAUGAAUGCCAAGGGCAGAAAGUGGGAAGCAUGCGGAUCACCACGUUCUGUGCCAGGGGGCACUACAGAAGCACUAAAGAAUGUAGAUGUCCUGAGUUAGGCACUUUUGUGUCUGGGGUUCCGGUGGAGGAGAGCAGAAAGCCCUGUGGAAAAACACUGAGAAAAUCUCUCUUUAUACUUUAUUUCCUUGACUGCUGGCUGCUUUUGAAAAGGGGGGACAUGCAUCUAUUGUCCUCAUUGCCAGAGAUUAUUAUCAUAUAGAAGAUUGUUAUUUUUUUCUACUGAGCACCUGAUUGCAUUUAUCUCAGACUGGGGCAAGAGGCCUGACAUUGUCUGACAGCACUUCCAGGAGACAUCAGACCCACGGACGGGGCCAAGUUCUCGGACUACAAGUAGCCUUAGCAUAGAGUGUUGUAUGAAGCAUUUUCUCUGGGGAGACUCAAACACAUUUCUAUUCACCCCACAUAGGACACAGACCCAAGUACAGUGACCCCAAAACCAGUUUGGGUGAACCAGAGUUUAAUGGGGUUACUUACAGAGCAUGGAGACCCCAAGGCAGCUGUACCACCAAGGAGUCUCAUCCCAGCAUGGUUAAGGACCUCCCCAUGGAGGUUGAGGUGAAGCUCAUCGUCUCUGAUCUUUUACCCUCUAGAUGCCCCAUCUCCACUCUAUCGCCCUCUGAGGCCCCAAGACCUCAAACAUCUCUGCAUACAGCUGACGCAGAGGAUGCCUGAAAUCUCAAGUGGGGGUCUGACAACCUUACCCACACCCCUCCUUUUACUGGAGGAAUUUCAGCAGACCCAAUCUCAUGAGACUCUUGGUUACUGCUUUCAAUGAGGAGCCAUUUGUCAUUCAACAGUGGCCAACCAUGGAAACUGCAGUGAAGGAAGGGUAAUCAUCUAACAGUCCCAAACUUUGAAUUAGGCUUAUCAGUAUCAUUUCCAUGUUUGUGGGUUGAGCCCCAGCUCAGAAGGAAGAGGAGGAAUAGAGAAGGGAAGGGUAGGGUAGGGCUGGAGAAAAGAUGGAAGAGAGCGUGGGCCCAACUCCAGUGCAGCCUGACCCACUGAGAGACCUGGGGAAGACAUCUUCAUCUUAAUGAGAAUUUUCUUAAAACUUCUACCUCCAUCUAUCUACCUGCCCUAGUCUGUCUCAGCUCCGUUAACCACAACCAGAUUCCUUUACAAUAGAUUUCCCUUUAGUCAUCUGGGUUGAAGGGCCAGCGUGCCCUGACCAUUCUCAUUGACAGAGGUGUUAACAAUUUGCAAAUUCUCCUGAUGUCCUAUUAUGGGAACAUUGCAUUGACUGGACAAGAAAUAAGUCUUUGAAAAGAGUGCAAACAUCCCCAAAAGGGAAAUCUCUGAGUUUGAGCCAAAAAUCUUUAUAAAAGAAAAUAAAUCUGGGGGGUGGAGAGAUGGCUCAGCAGUUAAAGGUACUUGUUUGCAAAGCCUGAUGGCCUGGGUUUGAUUCCCCAGUACCCUUGUAAAGCCAGAUGCACAA